CACUCCCUCACCAUCAUCACUGCAUCCAUCAUCUCCCCCAAUGGCACAGCAAACUACAGCACAACCCACAGGCAUCACCGAGGAGGUCCAUUCCAGUCCCCCUCCUUUUGCUCCUCGCGUUACUCCGCUUGUUUCUGUGGACGGUACAAUAGAAGCAGCAUCAAAAUCAGACUCUGAACUGGACAGUCCAUUGAGCCAUACGCGGAUGCCAUCUCAGCGCUAUGCUCCUCAGAGUCAGCCAGUAGGUCGGGGGGUUUUCCGACUAGAUAAACCAGGUCAACAGCAGCAGCCGCAGGAGCAACUACAACAACAGCGGCAGCAGCGGCAUCAGUUACAGCACCAACAAUACCAGCAGUACCAAUACCAACAGCACCAGCACCAGCGGCCGUCCACUCAGGACCUUCAUCAGCACCAUAUCCAGGCAAUUCUGCCUCAAUUCCGCGAUAGCCCUGAGGAAUCCUUUCAUUCAAUGCCAGCGAGAACACCCCAUGGACCGCGCCAAACGAACACUACCCUCACUAGCACUCAAACACCUCCUCCUUCGGGUCUUCAAGCACAGCCCAUCCGGUCUUCCCUGCCUCCAACCGACACUCAUCUGCUAUCCCCAGCCCCAUCCACCAUACCUUCCCCUGCUCAACCUUUGGCAACCAACGGCGCGUCAUCCAGCUCCACAGUCGAGUCAAGGAAUCAAUCUCGAAAGACGUCUACGCUCACUCCAUUAGACAUGAAGAGUCGUUCGAGAGGAUACGUCUUUACGAUGAAACAGGAGACAUAUCUUGCCGAGUUGCUUGCAGACCCUUAUACUUGGUCUCUUUUGGACGGACCCGGCGAUAAAAACAGUCGCUUCAAGCCCAAGACCGAGGUCCGCGGGUGUAUCGCUGAGAAGAUCAACUUCAAGUUCUCGACGGACGAGAAGCCGUUGAGCCUUGAAGCCUUCCAGAUCAAGAACAAGGUCGAGACUAUGAAGAGGGUCUGGAAGAGAGCCAACCUGCUCCUCAAGGAGACCGGCAACGGAGACUUGCCAGACAAGACGUUGAAGAACAAGAUCCUCCAAACCUGUCAUUUUUACUACAUUACCGCAGAGGUGUGGUCUGCGUCGUUGUUCAUGAACCCAAAGGAACCCUGCCAGCUUACCGGUACCGGCAUCCCGACCCGAGAAUUUCCCAACACAGGUGAUGAGACGAGUGAAGAGGGCGACGAGCAUGACGCCGUCGUUGGACAGCUGGGCAUCAUCGAGGAGCAACAGGGUACCAGCACUACAAAGAAACAGCACAGGUCAAUACAUCCAAGUAGGACAUUGAGGAAGCGUGGAACUGUCGGAACUCACUAUGUGAGCAUGCGAAAGGGCCUAUCCGACGUAAUCGAAACAAAGCGCGAGCUCAAACGUCGAAAGCUGGAGAUGGAGGAAAAGGUGAUCGAGAGCAAUUGUCGACUUCAGGACGCGCAAAUACGUUUCAUGGAGAUACAGGGUAAGAAGCUUCAGGCAGAGAUACAGAGUACGGUGAAGCCUCAAGCGGAGAUACAGAAUGAAAAUAGAAUCGAUGCAGAAAUGGGGAUAAGGUUGCUAGAGUUUGACCUUGAACGCGCCAGGAUACAGGUGGAGCUGGUGAGAGCACAAGCUGAACUUCUUCGACAAGAAACAGAACUGGAGCACGUCAAAAGGAAAAGUCCAUAGCUACACAAAAGCCCCACAUAAAAAAAAAAAUCUCUUUUUAGUCAGUGAUAGGAUCUCCGUAAAAUAAUAAAACCAU